CCCCUUUCGACCCGUUGCAGUCGUUUCUCCUUCGCUCCGGCUUCGAACCGAAGCGACCAAUGAGCGGGGGGAGGCCAACCCCCGCGGGCCGAGUUAAUUGCUGGCGCUUCCACUCCCCCUGCAUUUCCUGCCGCCGUUUCCUCGUCUCCCCCCCGGGGUCCUAGUGCACCGCGUCAUGGAGCUGCAGAGAAAGGGAAAAGCAAAUAGACAAAGGCGAGAGCAGGCUGCAGCCUCUCCAAAGAUGGCCAAGGAAGAAGGAGUAGGUGUGGAGGUGAAGGUGGAGGAAGAGGAAGAGGCUGGCUACAUCCAAUCUGGUCGGCGCUAUAAGUGCCUGACAUGUGGCAAGACGUUCCCCAGUGUGCCGCGAGUGCUGCGUCACCUGAAGACUCAUGUGGCCGGCACUGACGGCCUGGUUAGCAAACACGCUUGCCCCAGCUGCAGAAAGGAAUUCCCAGACCGUGGGCAGCUCCGCAAACACCAGCUCAGCCACCAGACAGAGCGCCCGCACCAAUGCCAACUUUGCACCAAGGCCUACAAGACGGCUCCUGAGCUGCGCAACCAUGGGCGCAGCCACAGUGGCGAGAAACCGUUUGUGUGCCACGAAUGCGGCAAGGCCUUCAUGCAGCCGGUCUGUCUCCGAGUCCAUAUGGCCCGGCACACCGGAGACCUGCCCUUCCGUUGUCAACAGUGCCACAAGGGUUAUGGCACCCUCUCCAAGCUGAGGAUCCACCAGCGCUCCCAUACAGGUGAGAAGCCGUAUUCCUGUGGCGAGUGCGGCAAGUGCUUUGCUGACCCCUCGGUCUUCCGUAAGCACCGCCGCACUCAUGCCGGCCUACGCCCCUAUCAGUGUGAAGUCUGCAACAAGACAUAUGCUGAGUUGAAGGACCUGAAGAACCACGAACGCUCCCACACCGGGGAACGGCCCUUCUUGUGCCAGGACUGCGGGAAGGCCUUUUCCCGCUCGUCUUCACUCGCCUGCCACCAGCGCAUCCAUGCAGCCCACAAGCCGUAUCGCUGCAACCUUUGUGGGAAAGGUUUCACCCAGCUGUCCUCCUUCCAGAGCCACCAGCGCACCCACUCUGGAGAGAAACCUUUCCUCUGCCCGCAGUGUGGGCGCAUGUUCAGCGAUCCCUCCAGCUUCCGCAGGCAUCAGCGAGCCCAUCAAGGCCUCAAGCCAUAUGCCUGCGACAAAUGCGGGAAGGCUUUUCGCCAGCCAGCUGACCUGGCCAUGCACCAGCGCAUCCACACGGGUGAGCGGCCCCACAAGUGCUCCCAGUGUGACAAGAGCUUUGUGGCCUCGUGGGACCUCAAGCGCCACAUGCUGGUCCACUCGGGGCAGCGCCCCCAUCAGUGCGGAGAGUGUGGCAAGAGCUUCGCUGAGCGGGCCAGCCUCACCAAGCACUACCGUGUCCAUUCUGGAGAGAGGCCCUUCAAGUGCGACCGCUGUGGCAAGGCCUUUGUGGUGUCCUCCAGCCUCAGGAAGCACGAGCGCACCCAUGGGAAUGAGAACAGCGACAAUAAGCCCUUGCCCCUCAAUAACCAAGACCCACCUCCCAGUGAUCAGACAGCCAUUGUUGUUGCUACAGUUAUGCCCGCUUGUGGGGAGUGCGGGGAGGCGUUUUCCUCUACUCAGGACCUGCGUCGCCACGAACGGCUGGUCCACCCCGGCCUGAGACCGUUCACGUGCCCGGAAUGUGGCAAAGGUUUCUCAGACCGGGCUGGGCUGCGUAAGCACGAGCGAAUCCAUUCGGGGAUCCGCCCCCAUGCCUGCCCCCACUGCUCCAAGGCUUUCCUUGGUGCCUCUGACCUGCGCAAGCACCUUAAGACCCACAUGGCCCUAGAAAACAGGGCCUCUGAGGAUGCCGUGGUGACGGCGACCAUAACAACCUACGAGUCACUCAUGCCUGCUCACAUCCAUCAUCAUGAUGACAGCACAGGGACUGACAAAGGAUCCCCCUCAGACUGUCUGCAAGAAGCUCUCAGUGAACCAUCUUGACUCUGCCCCUCCCCCCCUCCCCCGAUGCAGUUGGGUAGUAUGGCUUGCCUGUUCCAUGACCUCAUUUGUGGUGAUGCAUCCUCGGCCUCCUUCCAAAUAAUGUGCUAUGGACAGCACUCCCUCAGUAGCUCCCCUGUGGAAAUGGCUCUUUCCAAACUUCCUAGCACUUCUUUUUUCCAAAGGGGGGCAUGGCUACAUGUGCUUUCCAUAGGUGGGUGUGUCUCCAGCCUCGCAAGCAAAACUCCCUGCUCCCCAGCGUCAAACGCUUUGUCUAUCCAAUUUUGAACAAAAAGUAUCUCACGGGGGAAAAAAAUCAUGCUUUUAAAAUACUGACACAGUUGUCCCCCUGUCAGCAAUAGGGGACUGUGUUGAUAAUGUGGUUACGUACCCUCUGCAGGAUGAUCUGUAUCAUGUAGCUGGGUGUGUAUGUGCAUCUGUUGUGCUCCAUCAGUUAAAAUCUUAC